AGUUAGUCAGCAGAGUGGUUUUCUUGUAGUACCACCUGCCAGCGUAAUGACGUAGAGUUCGUGAAAUCCAUAGGAUUGAAAAUAAGCAAUAACUCGCUGGAUAUGCUGAUGCAGUUGAUGAAAAUAAGUUAUGGAUUAUGUAUACCACAUUCAUGUUCCUCAGACAAUUUGCGAAAUAUAUCACAACAUGCCGAAAAUACUUUGAAGUUGCCUAUUCGAACGGAUAUUUAUGACUACAAUUGUAGGAAUGAAGAAAAGGCAAUACUACCAUUCUAUGAAGACAAAUAUAUAAUAUCAUUCUUUUGUGCAUAUACCGCCUUGCUGUUGAUAAGUACUUGCUAUGAUAUGAUGAUACAUCACUCUACGAAAGGAGAUGAUAACAUAUUGGUAGCUUUCUCGGUAUUAAGGAAUGGAAAGCAGCUUUUUUCAUCACCAGACAUAGCAGAUAAUCGUUUAGGUGCCCUCAAUGGACUGAAAGUUAUACAAAUGUUGUGGAUCAUUCUUGGACAUCGAUAUAUAUUCAAUGCCUUAUCUGGAAUCACGAACUUUGUAUAUCUGCAAGAGUGGAAACAAAACUUAACUACAUCUAUCCUCCAAAGUGCUACAUAUGCUGUCGAUACUUUUCUGGUACUCAGUGGUCUGCUUUUAUCUUACUUCUUCUUGAAACAUAUGGAUGGUAAUAAGAACAGGCAGUUUCCUGUUCUCAAGAUGUAUCUAUAUAGAUAUUUAAGAUUGGCUCCAUCUCUGUUGGCAAUGAUACUAUUUUAUAUCAGCAUAUUCAAAAUCCUUGGAGACGGUCCGGAUUGGGUGCAAAUAGCAGGAAGAUUCAGCGUGGCUUGUACUCGCACCUGGUGGGCUACCGCCUUAUUCUUCAACAACUACUUAGAUCAAUCAUUUUCGUGUGUGGAGCACUCUUGGUACUUGGCUGUGGAUACUCAACUCUUCCUGUUUUCUCCAAUUUUACUGAUGAAUUUGAACAAGAGGCCAUGGAAAACGUGUCUAGCAUGCGUCGUGAUUUGUGUUUGUUCUGGAAUUUAUACAUAUAUCAUAACCAUCCAACAUAACUUGGGAGCUCUAUUAUUCGAGGCAAACAAAGAAUAUUUAGUGAGGAUCUAUUACCCGACUCCAGCUCGCAUGCCUCCUUGGUUUAUAGGAAUUAUUUUUGGUUUCCUUAUACACUCAUAUGGAAACGUUAAAUUGAGUAUGGUCAAUAAAUGUCUGGCAUGGACUUUCACAUUGCUUCUACUAUGUAUUCCCAUAUACGUACAAUUGUUUCUCAACAGAGCUGAUGAAUAUAGUGCAGUGAAUGCUGCCUUUUGCAAUUCUUGUACAAGACAACUUUGGGGCAUUGGUAUUGGCAUUUUCUCGUAUCUUUGCACCAGUGGAAAUGGAGGAAUUAUCAACGAGUUCUUGUCAUUACCAAUAUUCCAAAUAUUGGUGAGAUUUUCCUACAGUAUGUAUCUCACUCACGUACCAGUUAUGGCAUAUUUUAUUGGCGAAAAAAGACAUCCGGAAUAUUUUGCCACCAUGAAAGUUGCACAUCAGGUUAUGGGAGAUAUACCAUUUAUUUUUUUGGCUUCUACUAUCUGGACUUUGGCGUUUGAAUCACCAUUCAGGGUCAUCGGGAAACUUCUCAAUAAAAAAGAAAUCACCAGUGAAAAAAUUGAAAACCAACUGAAUGGCACUAAUCAUAGCCGCGAGAAGAUCAAGAAGGAUACGAGGAAAGUAAAAGUUAUUUCUGUGUAUAGAACCGAUGAUUGUAAAAAAAUCCAUUAGAUAUUGUGAAUAAAGUUUUUGAUACACAGAACUAGUAU